AUGGCGACUGCUUGUGCCCUGAAAUGGGUACCCGAUUCUUUAUAUAAUACAGCAAUUUCAGCCAUUGUAGUUUCAUAUGGAAGACACAGACGCGAUAUAAAGAUAUUACACGAAGAUAUUCAAUUCGAUGUUUAUUAUAAGUUGUACAAUAAAGGAAGAUUGUGUGAGCUGGGACUAGAAUUCUCUGAUUUAGAAACUUUUUCUAAGGUUCUUAAAGUCAAUGAUAAAAGAUAUUUACUCCAUCAUUGUUUUCAAGCUUUAAUGGAUCAUGGUGUGAAAAUAUCAGAAAUAUUAGCAGAUGCCUUUGCUCUUCAAAUUACAGAUGAUGUUUAUAAAGAUCAGUUUAAACGUGUUAGAACGUUACAAUUAGGAUUUACACUAGGUGGAUUUUUAAGUGAUGCUGGUUGGUUUAAUGAUAGUGAAAAAGUUUAUAAAGCCUGUUUGAAUAUCUGUCAUGUCGAUUCUACCCAAGGUUCAUUAUGUCGAGCUUUAGAAUGUAGUGUCAGGUUAUUACAUGUUCAGAAUGCUAACUGUAAAUAUGAUGCUGCAGAGAAGACAUGUACUUCUGCCUUUCAAUUGGCUGAUGAUCUAAAAAAAUUGGGUAUCACUGUUAGCAGGGCCACGUUAUUUACUGAAUGUUCAACUUUAUUGUUUGCAAAAAGUCAUUAUGAUGAGGCAUUCAAUAAUUGUACUUCAGCAUUAAAAGAAAUUACAAGUUCAUUACCUCAUAAGGCUGUGGUAGACGUAUUACGCCAGUGUUCUAAGGCAUGUGUUGUAAAACGUGAGUUUGAGAAAGCAGGUUUGUUAAUUAAACAUGCUGUAGUAUAUGCCAGAGAGCAUUUUGGUUGUAAGCAUCCUAAAUAUUCUGAUUCUCUAUUAGAUUAUGGUUUCUUUUUGCUCAAUGUAGAUUCUAUUCCGGCUGCUGUACAUGUUUAUCAGAUGGCACUGGAUAUUCGGCAGUCUGUUUUUGGUGGUAAAAACUUGUUUGUUGCUACUUCUCAUGAAGAUCUGGCCUAUGCUUCAUAUGUUAAUGAAUAUAGCUCAGGAAAAUUCACUGGUGCCAGAGAGCAUGCAGAGAAAGCUAUAGAAAUAUUAUGUCAUAUUUUACCUUCUGAUCAUUUGUUAUUAUCUUCAUCUAAACGGGUUAAAGCUUUGAUAUUAGAAGAAAUAGCUAUCGAUAGUCAUCAUAAAGAAACAGAAGCUAGUUAUUUACAAGAAGCUCAAGAAUUACAUCUACAAUCUUUAGAACUUGCUAAAAAAGCUUUUGGUGAAAAUAACGUACAAACAGCCAAACAUUACGGUAACCUUGGGAGAUUAUAUCAGUCAAUGCAGAGGUUUGAGGAAGCUGAAGAAAUGCAUCUUAAAGCUAUUGAUAUAAAAGAACGAUUACUUGGACCAGAAGAUUAUGAGGUGUCUUUAUCUGUCGGUCAUCUUGCUAGUUUAUAUAAUUAUGAUAUGGCUAAAUUUGAUGAGGCAGAGAAAUUGUAUUUACGUUCAAUAGCUAUUGGUAAGAAGUUAUUUGGUGAAGGAUAUAGUGGAUUAGAGUAUGAUUAUCGUGGACUAUUACGUCUCUAUAGUAACUUAAACAAUCAGGAGAAAACCAGUCAUUAUUCACAUAUAUUACAAGAGUGGAAUCUGAUAAGAGACAAGAAUAACGCAGAAGAGGUUAAACCUCUAGAGAUAGAACUAGUUGUUUCUGUACCAGAAAUUGUUGAAUUAUAUUUUAAGUGAUGGGAGCUGUGUUGAUUCAUAUUGUUGUUUAUUUAUUAUUUAAAGACUGGGUUGUAGAGGAUCGGAUAAUAUUAACAAGUGAUAUAUAUGCCAAGUUGGGAAAAAGGAGAGAUGUUUGUUAUUGAAAAUCAAGUAUAUUGUCCACUAAAAUUUUAUAGAAUAUCCCCCAAAAUAUGAUGUAGAAACUACUAUAGUAGUCGAAGUGGUGACUUAAUUAACCAUACAGACAUUUGGGACAUGUUUAUCAAGAAACUUAUCAACAAAAGACUGAUGAUGUUAAGUCAGUAAUUUGAACAAAUUUGACUGUUCUUGUGAACUAUUAAUAUUCAUACUGUGAUUUAUACUUUGACGUGUAUAAUAUUCUGGCCAGUCAAAAAGACUGGUUUUAAAAGAUUGUUUUCAUAGUGUUUGGACCAUUAGUGUGUUUUAUAAUUUGACCAUCAUUAAUUUAUCAUAUUGUUUUAGUCAGGUCAAUUUUGGGAUACCCAAAAUGUCCACUACAAUGAGUUAUGACCGGUUUACUUUAAGCACAAAAAAAGCAUCAGUGACCUAGUCUACUUCCAUCAAUUUUCUUGUCAUGAUAACCGAUUGGUAGUAAAUAUUGUCUCUGGUUCUUAUAAAGUCACAAUGAAACAGACCUUUUGUUUACUAUACUAGUGAACAUAUACUUUUGGUGGUAAAUACAAUUUACCAGGGUCAUGGACCCAGCUUUGACACUGAUCUUAGAGCUAUCAGGUUAUUUAUACUCUAUGUGACUGAAAUAGAAAAUAAACUUUAGAAUACUAUACAUCAUUAAAUCCAGUUUCAGAUAAACUUUUCAAAGAUAUAAAGUUCAUUCUGAUGGAUAAUGAGAAGAGAAAUAGAAAGUUGAGUGUUUAUUCAUCUUGAGUUGACCAUACUGAUGAAAUUUCCCAGGCCAUUCAAUGCAUAUUGUUAGUGUAGGUUACAGAAGCUUGGUAAUCAAUAUUCUGCUUCCAAAUGUACAAAAGCCUCAAAUAUAUAUAUAUAUAAUCACUACAACUUACCACAGGGAAUAGUAAAAUUAAUUUAAAAUCAAAUGAAUAAUGAUUUUGUCUUUAUCAUGAUGAUUGUUUGUUAAAUUAUUAGUUUUGUAUAGCAAAGAUAGACUUGUAUUUUGAGUGUAUGUCAGAUUGUAUACAGAAUUGUGCUUAAAAAACUUGCAAACAUCUGUGCCAUGUUUCAUACAGAACCAUACCCUAAUUUGCAGUGUACUUGCAUAUGGUUAUAUGUGAUUGGUUAAUUUCAGUAUAGAUAUGUACCAGUAUGUGUAUUGUUUGCCAACAGAAGUAGAAGUAAUAACCUAAUUUUGUAUUAAAAAAAAAAAUAUAUUGCUAAUAAGAUAUUGAGGCUUUCAUGUGGCUAUGUGCUUUCCAUGUAUAAUGUUAUAAGUAUAUAAUUUCAUUGAACAAUGUUAUUUCAAAUGGCUGAUAGUUUCUGGGGGUCUGACAUAAAUGGAAAUUUAAAAUGUAUUAAAUUAUAUCAAAAAAUUCAUUCUUUAGCAAUAACAGAACACCCCCCCCCCCCCC